GAAUAUAUGACGCAAUAACUCCGAAGAUCGUUCGAAGUUACGGAGAGAUCCUCAGUCAAACCCUAGGGCCUUCGUAUUUGUACAUAAGUUAAAAACAUACAUCGUCAUUCAGCUAAAAAAGGGUCUCACUACUACUGUGUGUACUUGGUGUCUUGGCCUCUCUAUCUCUCUCUGGAUAAGUAAAGCACAGAUACAGACGGCACUAGAGAGAGAGAGAGAAGCGCAGCGGUGCCCAAGGGUGUAAACUGGGAAACGGGAAGAGUUUGUUAACUAUUGAGAGAGAGUUGAGAUUUGUUUUGGGGUUGCGGGUGUUUUUGUUGCGGGGGCGAAGGGGGCAGAAUCGCGUUUGAUAGAUCGUGCUUGGAAUCUUUGAAUCACACAAUUUGGUUCUGAGGGCCAAAGUAUUUGCGUGCUUCGUACGGUCUAUCCCACGCUAAUCUGCAAACUCCACCCCCCUGUACUUCUCUCUCUCUCUCUCUCUCUCUCUCGGGAUGAAUUAGCUUCCACAUAAUCUGUUCAGUCCGAUGUACUGCAGUUUGUUUUCAACAGAAACUCCAACACAGGCAGCACAGCAGAACUACCGCCCACCGGCUCAAUCCAGCCUCUCAUCUGUUGUCUAAUUUUUUUUCCAAUAGAAUAUUUGCUCUCUCUUUCACAUGCUUUAAUUAAUUGACUGUGAUAAGUCCUCUGGUGUUUUGCUGUAUUUAAACUGUCAGUGUUCGUAGUAUAUAAACAACAUAAAUCAAGGUUAGCAAUGGAUGACGAGGACAGGGUUUCGGGAAGCAGAAAUCCUGCGGAGGGGGAGGAGGUGCGGGGACUAUCUUACUGGCUGGACGCCUGUGAGGAGAUAUCCUGCGUCUUAACGGAUGAUAUUGUCGAUUUUGGACCUGCUUCUGCUGUUCCAGAGUCCGUGGCUGUGGCUGAUACCUCCAAUCAUGACCCCAGCUCUGAUCCUUGUUUGUUCCAAGGAUUUAAUUGGAUGCUUGACGGUAUUAGGAACGGUGCCGGUCUACCUACGGCCCUCAGCAGCAGCAGCAGUGCAAAAGUCGACCAUGGGGUUCCUGUUGCACCAUGCCCAUUUGGGAAAGGGGACAAGGAACCCGUGUCUUGCCCAGUACUUCCGGCAUGUCAAAAUUCUGUUUACCCCAAUGGUUCGCUGGGGAAAUUAGAUAGCGCUAGUCAUAAUGAAUUUGGUAAGACUCAUAAUAUGAUGAAUCCAAGCAGGCCUUGUGACAGCAACACUGCCACCAAGCAUCAUGAAACCAAUAACUGUGGGAACUUUAAGAAAUCGUUGGGCCAUCCUCCCGAGAGGAAUGGAGUACGCAAACUUGAAACUGGGGCCAUAGGCUAUGAUGGCCAUGGCAGUGAAGGGAGGUUCAACAAAAGAAUUCGCACCAGUGACUACUAUUACAAGAAUGAAAGGCACCUUCCUAGCAGAAGGCAAUACCACCACGGUAGAGAGAGGGAGGGGGAAAGGCCUUUAGGAAGGAAGAGGCCUCGCGAUUUGGAGGAUAUUGACAGGAGGGACAGGGAUCCGAUCAAGAGAAAUGAGCGCUACGGCAGUGGUAAGGACUGUAGAGAUAGAGAAUGGAGGGAAAGCAGCAGGGGCUACUGGGAGAGAGACGGCCUUGGUUCUAAUGAAGUGGUUUUUCGGUUGGGUAAUUGGGAAGCUGAAAGAAAUAAAGCGGGGAAGUCACCACCUCAGGAAGCUGAGAAAGACCAGGAUUGCAAUGCAAAGGUAGAGAAGAAACCUCAAGAGGCCAAGGAGAAACUUCCCGAGGAACAAGCUCGUCGAUACCAAUUGGAGGUUCUCCAACAGGCUAAGCAGAAAAAUACAAUAGCUUUUCUUGAAACAGGGGCGGGGAAGACCCUAAUUGCUGUUCUUCUAAUCCGAAGUGUUUGUAGUGAUUUGCAAAGAGAAAACAAGAAAAUGCUAGCUGUAUUUUUGGUUCCUAAAGUUCCUCUCGUUUAUCAGCAAGCAGAAGUUAUUCGUGAGCAAACUAGCUACCAAGUAGGCCAUUAUUGCGGUGAAAUGGGCCAGGAUUUUUGGGAUGCACGGAGGUGGCAGCGUGAGUUUGAAACAAAGCAGGUUUUAGUGAUGACUGCUCAAAUACUUUUGAACAUUCUGAGACACAGCAUAAUAAAGAUGGAAGCAAUCAAUCUACUUAUUCUGGAUGAAUGCCAUCAUGCUGUGAAGAAACAUCCAUAUUCUCUAGUAAUGUCAGAGUUCUAUCACACAACACCCAAGGACAAGAGGCCAUCUGUGUUUGGAAUGACGGCUUCUCCUGUUAACUUAAAAGGUGUGUCCAGCCAGGUGGAUUGUGCGAUAAAGAUUCGUAAUCUUGAAACUAAACUAGAUGCUGUAGUUUGUACAAUAAAAGAUCGUAAGGAACUAGAGAAGCACGUGCCAAUGCCCUCAGAAAUUGUGGUGGAGUAUGACAAAGCCGCUAGCUUAUGGUCCUUACAUGAACAAAUAAAACAAAUGGAGUUAGCAGUCGAAGAAGCAGCUCAAUCAAGUUGUAGGAGAAGUAAAUGGCAAUUUAUGGGAGCAAGAGAUGCUGGAGCCAAGGAAGAGCUGCGGCAAGUUUAUGGUGUCUCUGAAAGAACAGAAAGUGAUGGUGCUGCUAAUCUAAUCCAAAAGUUGAGGGCUAUUAACUAUGCACUUGGUGAACUGGGACAAUGGUGUGCUUACAAGGUUGCUCAAUCAUUCUUGACUGCUUUACAAAAUGAUGAGAGAGCGAACUACCAGCUUGAUGUCAAGUUUCAAGAAUCAUACUUAAGUAAAGUUGUCACUCUCUUGCAAUGUCAAUUAUCAGAAGGAGCUGUUUCAGAGAGUAAUUUAAAAAGGGCAGCUGCAGAUCAUGGUGUUACUCGAGAAGCAAGUGACCUUGAAAUAGAGGAGGGGGAGCUUCCUGACAGUUUUGCGGUCUCUGGAGGAGAGCACGUGGAUGUGAUUAUAGGAGCUGCUGUAGCUGAUGGAAAAGUUACGCCCAAGGUGCAGUCCUUGAUUAAAAUUCUUCUUAAAUAUCAGCACACAGAUGAUUUCCGAGCGAUCAUCUUUGUUGAGCGAGUCGUCGCUGCCUUAGUUCUUCCAAAGGUUUUUGCAGAACUUCCAUCCCUAGGCUUUGUGAAGUCGGCAAGUUUGAUUGGGCACAACAACAGUCAAGAAAUGCGGACAAGCCAAAUGCAAGACACAAUUGGCAAAUUUCGAGAUGGUCGUGUGACUCUGCUUGUUGCCACUAGUGUUGCUGAGGAAGGCCUUGACAUAAGACAAUGCAACGUGGUUAUCCGAUUUGACCUUGCAAAAACUGUUUUGGCAUACAUUCAAUCUAGGGGUCGUGCUAGAAAGCCUGGGUCAGAUUACAUCUUGAUGGUUGAGAGGGGAAAUUUGUCACAUGAAGCAUUUUUGAGAAAUGCCAGAAAUAGUGAGGAAACUUUGCGGAAAGAAGCAAUAGAAAGAACUGACCUUAGCCAUCUUAAGGACACCUCAAGGUUAAUUUCGGUGGACAAAAUACCGGGGACAGUGUACCAGGUGGAGUCUACUGGUGCUGUUGUUAGCUUAAAUUCGGCUGUGGGACUUGUUCAUUUCUAUUGCUCUCAGCUACCUAGUGACAGAUAUUCAAUUCUCCGUCCUGAAUUCAUAAUGGAGCGCCAUGAGAUGCCAGGGGGACCCACAGAAUAUUCAUGCAGGCUUCAGCUCCCUUGUAAUGCACCAUUUGAAAAUCUUGAGGGUCCCGUUUGUAGUUCAAUGCGCCUCGCGCAACAGGCUGUUUGUUUGGCUGCUUGCAAGAAGCUCCAUGAGAUGGGGGCAUUUACUGACAUGCUCUUGCCAGACAAGGGAAGUGGGGGAGAAGUAGAAAAAGUUGACCAAAAUGAUGAAGGAGAUCCACUUCCUGGGACAGCUAGGCACAGGGAGUUCUAUCCUGAAGGUGUAGCUAAUAUUCUCCAGGGGGAAUGGAUUUUAUUUGGGAGAGAUGCUUGCAACAACUCCAAGUUAUUUCAUCUGUACAUGUAUGAUAUCAGUUGUAUGGAUGUUGGCUCCUCAAAAGAUCCAUUCUUAGCUCAAGCUUCCGAGUUUGCAGUACUCUUUGGCAAUGAGCUGGAUGCAGAGGUGUUAUCGAUGUCUAUGGAUCUCUUUGUCGCUCGAACGAUGAUAACAAAGGCAACUCCUGUCUUCCGGGGCUCAAUAGAUAUUACAGAAUGCCAGUUGGCGUCCCUUAAGAGCUUUCACGUACGAUUAAUGAGUAUUGUACUGGACGUGGAUGUUGAACCAUCUACGACUCCUUGGGAUCCUGCAAAGGCAUAUUUGUUUGUCCCUAUGGUUGGCGAUAAGUCUGUAGAUCCUCUUAAAGAAAUUGACUGGGAUCUCAUUAAACAAAUAACUACGACAGAUGCAUGGAGCAAUCCGCUUCAGAGAGCUCGGCCUGAUGUUUACCUUGGCACAAAUGAGCGAACACUAGGUGGAGAUCGAAGGGAGUACGGAUUUGGGAAAUUGCGACAUGGCAUGGCUUUUGGACAAAAAUCCCAUCCUACUUAUGGCAUUAGAGGAGCUGUAGCCCAAUUUGACAUUGUGAAAGCAUCUGGAUUGGUUCCUAGUCGAGACCUAGCAGAAAUGGAAAGUCAUUUGGCUUUGGCUAAUAAAAAAAUCAUGAUGGCAGAUUCUUGUAUAAGUGUGGAAGAUCUUGAGGGAAGAAUUGUAACGGCUGCUCACUCCGGAAAGAGGUUUUAUGUGGACUCUGUACGUUAUGAUAUGACUGCGGAGAACUCAUUCCCAAGGAAAGAGGGUUACCUUGGUCCUUUGGAGUACAGCUCAUAUGCCAACUACUACAAGCAGAAGUAUGGAGUUGAGUUGACCUAUAAGCAGCAACCUCUUAUAAGAGGGCGUGGUGUUUCAUAUUGCAAGAAUCUCCUUUCCCCUCGGUUUGAACAUUCAGAAGAUCAUGAAGGUGAAUCUGACGAGGCACUUGAUAAAACAUAUUAUGUCUUCCUCCCUCCGGAGCUGUGUUUUGUACAUCCUCUUCCUGCAUCACUUGUUCGAGGUGCCCAAAGAUUGCCCUCAAUAAUGAGGAGGAUCGAAAGCAUGCUGCUAGCCAUUCAGCUGAAGGAUAUAAUUGAUUACCCUGUCCCUGCUUUAAAGAUCUUGGAAGCUUUGACUGCUGCUUCAUGCCAGGAGACUUUCUGCUACGAAAGAGCUGAGCUUCUGGGAGAUGCUUACCUGAAAUGGGUGGUUAGCCGGUUUCUUUUUCUUAAAUAUCCUCAGAAACAUGAAGGUCAGCUCACGAGAAUGAGACAACAAAUGGUGAGUAACAUGGUUUUAUAUCAGUGUGCAUUGAAGAAGGGACUUCAAUCCUAUAUCCAAGCAGAUCGAUUUGCUCCAUCUAGAUGGGCUGCUCCUGGGGUGCUACCUGUCUUUGAUGAGGAUAUUAAAGAAACAGAGUCAUCCUUCUUUCAUAAUGAGAGAGCACUUACCGAAACUGUGCCAGAAGAUGGUAAUGGUGAUGAUGGGUAUGAAGAUAAUGAAAUGGAAGAUGGCGAGCUCGAGAGUGAUUCAAGUUCCUAUCGAGUCCUUUCUAGCAAGACACUAGCAGAUGUUGUUGAAGCACUUAUCGGAGUUUAUUAUGUUGAAGGCGGGAAGAAUGCUGCAAACCACCUCAUGAAAUGGAUUGGAAUUCAGGUAGACUUUGAUUCUAAAGAAUUAGAGUGCACAACCAGGCCCAGUGAUGUUCCAGAGAGCAUACUUAGGAGCGUUGAUUUCGGUGGUUUAGAAGGCGCUUUAAAUAUCAAGUUCAAAGAUAGGGGCUUGUUGGUUGAAGCUAUUACUCAUGCUUCAAGGCCAUCAUCUGGCGUGUCCUGUUACCAGCGGCUGGAGUUUGUUGGUGAUGCAGUCUUGGAUCAUUUAAUUACAAGGCAUUUGUUCUUUACCUACACAGAUCUGCCUCCUGGCCGCUUGACUGACUUGCGAGCUGCUGCUGUAAACAAUGAAAACUUUGCACGGGUUGCUGUUAAACAUAAGCUUCACUUGCACCUUAGGCAUGGGUCCAGUGCCCUUGAGAAACAGAUUCGAGAUUUUGUGAAGGAAGCUCAAAACGAAUUGUCGAAACCAGGGCUCAACUCCUUUGGUUUGGGGGAUUGCAAGGCUCCAAAGGUUCUUGGUGACAUUUUUGAAUCUAUUGCUGGUGCCAUCUUUCUUGACAGCGGACGUGAUACUACAGUUGUUUGGCAGGUCUUCCAACCUUUGCUGCAUCCAAUGGUCACUCCAGAAACUCUACCAAUGCAUCCAGUGCGAGAGCUGCAAGAACGGUGCCAGCAACAGGCUGAAGGUCUGGAGUACAAAGCUACUCGAAGCGGCAAUGUGGCCACUGUAGAAGUUUUCGUUGAUGGUAUCCAGGUUGGGAUUGCUCAGAAUCCACAAAAGAAAAUGGCGCAGAAGUUAGCCGCCAGGAAUGCCCUUGUUGCUUUGAAAGAAAGGGAGACAACUGUAGCUAAGGAGAAUGGUAGUGAAGAUGGAAAGAAGAAGAAUGGCAGCCAAACAUUUACAAGACAGACCUUGAAUGACAUCUGCUUGCGUAGAAAUUGGCCAAUUCCGUUGUACCGGUGUGUGAACGAGGGAGGCCCUGCACAUGCGAAAAGGUUUACGUUUGCUGUACGCGUGAAUACUGCUGAUAGGGGUUGGACAGAUGAAUGUGUUGGAGAGCCUAUGCCAAGCGUCAAGAAAGCCAAGGAUUCUGCAGCAGUUCUUCUCUUAGAACUUUUAAAUAAAUGGUAUUCAUGAGAGCGUUAUAGAUCUAUAUAAAACGAGUGUGUGUAGCACACCACCUUCAUAUUGCAUUGGACUUGUCACGCAUGGUGAUAACUUUGUGGGUGCCAUGCCCUGGGUCAAGAUGUUUAUUCAACUUGUGUUUGCAUUUGGUGGGAGGCCAAUGCCAAGUGUUGAAGUCCGACGACUUUUGUAACACUCAUGACACCAGCGAUAAUAAGACAGUGAUGGUAGCACUGUUGGUGGAGUUGUAUAUCCCUCCUGGUCAUUGGUUAGUCUAAGCUUCCUCCUACAGUGGGCUUUUGUUUGUUGACCAACUUCAAGUGCCUUGUGCUUUCAUAAGAACUUAACCUUCAGCAAUGCAAGCAACUCUGUUGCUAUCUA